AGUUCAAAUAUUUACGUCUAUCAUUUUAGUUACUCAUCAAUUUUUAGAAUUUAAUUGAAAAUGCUGAUAAUGUGAAUCAUGAUCGAUGUCGAAAAAAUGGCCUCUUAUCAUAAUUAAUACCGAGCCAAUUUUUAGUGCAAAUAUAUAAACGGGUGUGAUUCUUUGUAUUUACAUCAGUCUUAAUUCUGUUUUUAACUCAAAAGUUUGGAGUCCAAAAUGGUUUCGUUUUCUACAUUCAUUCUGUGUACUCUGGUAAUAAUUGUGUCCAGCAGUGCAAAUAUAAUAGUUAAAAGUUCAUUGGACAAAGCUGUAGAACAAUUGAAAAUAAAAAAUAAUCCGAACAUUAUAUUGGUGAUUGGUAAUACGGGCAGCGGUAUAUCUACUUUGGUUCAUUAUGCGGCUGGUGAUUAUAGUAAAUUGUCUUCUGUUGAAUCGAGAAAUCCAAAUGAUUUUAAUUUCGAAAUUAAAGAUGAACUAGACCCCAAAAAUAGUACCAUUAUUUCGUCAACAGUAUCGCGCACAUUGAUUCCAGAAAUGGUGAUCGACGAUGAUGAAAAUGUGUGGUAUGACUGUCCCGGUUUCACUGAUACACGCAAUGAAACGGUUGAAAUUACAAACGCAGCUCUAAUUAAACGAGUCAUCGAAAGCGCUUCAAAUAUAAAAAUCGUCAUGAUUGUACAAUAUGAAUCCGUCAUAAAAGGUCACGAUCGUACUGACUUUGACAAUUUUCUGAAAUACACAACGCAAUUAAUCAAAAGAGUCGGACACUUUCGGGAUAGUUUGUCAUUGGUGGUGACCAAAGCACCAUCGUACAAUGUAAUCAAUAGGCAUAUUGUUGACAUUUCGGAAGAAAAUGUGCAAAAUACAACGGCCGAAUUUCUGCUUGCACAUAAAUUGGUUUUGUACGAUAAAAGCAUUUUGGCAGAACGAGUUUUGUUGAUCGAUGCAUUGUUAAAGAAAUCAGAAGGAAGUUAUCCCAAAAUAUCAGUGUUUUGGAAACCAGAUGAAGCUGGAAAACUAAAUGAAAUCGAUAAAUUUGUAAAGAGUCGUGCUCGUAUACGCGAAUCCAUACUAAAUAACACAAUAUAUGCGCCAAUACAGGCAAAAGAUUUCGGUUUUCCGUUAUCAACCGAAGCUCAACUAUACAUCAAGAAAAUGGUGGAACAAGCAAAAGACAGCCUCCUCUUACAAUUACAAAAUAUCAAUAAUCGAGUUCAAAGUGAAGUAAAUCGUGGAAUUCAACCAUUGCAUGAUUAUAAAAGAAUGUUAGAAAUAGUCCAUGUUGGACAAUCGAAAUUAGAAUAUUACAAGCAAAUGGAUGCGAUCAAUUUUAAGAAUCUCACCAAACUAUUCAGAGAAUUGAUAAAAGAGAUCGGCCUACAAUCGAUUGAUGAACAGGAACUCAGACAAAUUGAACGAGAUGAAAAUAAUCUAAAUUGGUUGAAAUCAUUCGUCGACGAUGCAAAUAUCAUGAUAUCACACGCAAAUUCAAUCGAUUACAAGUCACUUUUGUAUAGAAUUUAUGUCUUUUUCAAGAACUUGGAAUCUAAUAUACAAAACAACAUAUUAAGCGAAAUACAACAAAUCAUGAAUAAUAUUUCGGUUAGCCUGGCAAGUAUUGAUCAACAAUUAUUGACAGCAAUACAUGAGAAACUGAAGGAAAAGAGUGAUAUUCAAAGCAAAUUGGAUUUUCUUCACAUUGGAAAGAAAUCGGUAGAGUCAAUUGGCAAGAGAGCGAACGUAACAAAAGAAUUAACAAUGGAACAGAGAAUUGAAGUAUUUUCGACAUUGAUUCGGGACUUGAACAUAACAUCAUUCGACGUGAAUGUAUUGAAUCGAACCAAAGAAAAUGGCCUGCAUCUAAAGGAAUUAAUGUCACUUUCCAAAUCUCAGAAUAAUAUCCAGACGACAGCACCAGCAGCCAGCUCAAUAUUCAUAUAUUGUUUGGAGUUUUACAUUGGCUCAAUGCAGAGGUCAAUAGACGAAAUAGAAACGCAUUUGGAUUCAGCACGUUUGUUACAUCUUCACUUGAAAAUAUCGAACGAGGCGAUUGUAAAGGUUGAGGCCGAAACGAUACUAGAUCGAAAUGAAUUGGCAUGGAUCUACCAGCGUCGAACGGAAAUAUAUAUAGAGGAACAGUUUCUUUUUUUCAAACAGCAAAAUUAUCUGAAACAUCGACAAGAAAUUAAAAACUCCCUUCGGAAUAAACUGAAUGACAAAGUGAAAAAUGAGCAAGUGGACGUGGACGAUUUGAUCACUUUGUUUCAGGAAUUAAAAGAGACUCAUUUGAAAGAGUUCAAUUCCAGCAAAAUCGACAAUGACGACAUUUUUAAAAACUCCUUCGAAGAAUUUGAUAACGAAUUAAAGAGUUUUGAAACUACUUUGAAUGACACACGCUUCGCUAUUAACGGUGUAUUGGAGCAGUAUCAAGGUGCAAUAUUGAAUUUAUUUAUCGAGGUCGAACCAUACAUCACCAAAUCUGUUUUAAUGGAAUUUCUUGAAAAAGCUCAUAAUCGAACAGUUAAAAGGUUUGAAGAUGAAGAAAAAAGUGAUGACGAAAUCCUUAAUAACUUGCGUGCGCAAUUCAAGCACGAUUUGAAUGACGUCUAUUUGUUGCUUCGAAAUAUGUUGAGUGCUUAUGAUUGUUUCCACAAUUAUUCGGUGAAUAUAUCUUCAGUCUGGAAUAAUAAAAUCUAUAGCCUAACAGAACAAGAGAUUGACCGAAAAAACUACUGUAAAAGUCAAAGCAUGGCUUUGCCGUCAUCGCUUGAAGUAAAUAGAAAAUUAUUAAAACGUUCUGAAAAAUUGAUAAAUAUCUUCGGGAAACUCAUGUACUAUGCCAUCGAAUACAAAAGCAACAUACAAAUACAACUAAGGAAGAAACAAUAUCGACAUUACGCAACAAAAAAGUCUUGGUUUGAAGCAAACGAAUAUUGCUUGAAAAAUGGAGAACGCCUAGUUGCUAUAAGAUCAGAAGGAGAAUGGCAAGAUCUUGUGAACUAUUUAACAAGUGUUGGUUAUUCUGAUGCAGCGAUUUGGACAUCGGGACAAAGAAGUGGAGAUAAGUUUUAUUGGUUUGGCUACGUAGCCUACGAUUAUGAAAUACAAACAACUAAAUGGGGGGUUGGUGAGCCAGACAACAGCUAUAAUUGUGUUUUUAUAAGAAAUGGACAAUUGUAUACACACACGUGCUACAUUGGUGCACAAUAUAUUUUAUGCGAAUAUUGAAUAGCCUCAAUAUAAUAUAAUAAUUAAUAUUUAAUAUUUUAAUUCUUAGUAGCCUUUCAUGUAUAAAAUGAUGGUGAAAUAAUGUUUGUAUCCAUGUUUUGCUAUUCACGGUCAUAAAUGAUGUAAUCAUAGUUUAUAGUCAAAUAAAUUGAUGGAAUUUGAUAUUUAAUGAACAA